AUGGCCGCUAAUAUCGUUAUGGAACACUCCUCCGAGGUAGUGCCAUGGUGUCUGCUGGCUGAGACAUUGGAGAGCGGCCACUACGGUGGUUGUGUUGUGUGUCGCCAGGGUGGGUGUUGGUUUGAACUGCAUGUUGGGCAGGCUUCACUACUGAAGCUCAAGAUCGCCGAGGCCAAGGAGCUCUCUGCCACCGUCACCGAGUCUGGGGCUUACAAGAAGACCAUUGAGAGCUUCAAGCCUGCUCCUCCCAAGGAGGAGAAGGCCGCCGAGACCCCCAAGGAGGAGGCCAAGGCUGAGGAGUCCGCCCCUGCUCCCGCCACCGAGAAGACCCCCAAGCAGGCUGAGCCCGAGGCCGAGAACAAGCCCGACAACGUGGCUUCCUCGACCCCUGCCGCUACUGCCGCCGCCUAA